GAAAUAUGGAUGUAAAGCAGAUUUGUUAAAGCACCGAAAGUCAGUUCACGAACGUCGCAAAGAUUAUUCAUGUGAUAAUUGUGAGCAUAAAUUUGCGUUCAAAUCGAGUUUAAUAAUGCACCAUAAGACAAUACACGGAGGUCAGAAGAAUUUUACAUGUGACAAGUGCGAAAAGAAAUUUCGACGUAAGGAGUAUUUGCUUCUCCACCAAAGAACAGUACACGAAGGCCGGAGAGAUAUCACAUGUGACCGAUGCGAAAAAAAUUUUGGAUAUAUAUCAUCUCUGCUCAUACAUCAAAAGACAGUUCACGAAGGUCGCAGAGAUUUCGCAUGCGACAAGUGCGAGAAGAAAUUUGGAGCUAAAAGGACGUUACUCAUUCACGAAAGAACAGUCCAUGAAGGUUGUAAAGAUUAUGCAUGUACCAAAUGCGAGACGAAAUUCACGCAAAAACAGAGUUUGCUCGCCCACCUAAGGACAAUUCAUGAUGGUCGGAAAGACUACGCAUGCGACAAGUGUGAGAAAAAAUUCGGACAUAAAUCGCAUUUGCUCUCCCACCAAAGAAGGCGUACAGACUGCGCUUGA